UAUACGAGUAUACGUAUUUAAACAGGAGUACUGCCGAACAUCACGCUCAGUUGCGACCGAACGUGUCGAUCUAGACCGCUCAGCAAGGCAGAAUGUCAGCGCUACAGGCCGGAUGCAACUGCACAGCGCCCUUCAUUGGCCCUUCCCUGACUAAUACCUGUGGGGCCGGAGCUUUUGUUGUCUUCAUGGGGAUGCUGGACAUGUUCCUGAGGAAGCAGUGUGACCUUGCAGACCCCUGCGGUCGUGUCACUGAUAGAGAGAGGGUUGACUUCACGGGAUAUGACUUCAUUGUUGUCGGUGGGGGCUCAGGAGGGGCGGUUGUAGCCAGUCGACUGUCGGAAAUCCCGGAAUGGAAGGUGCUACUGCUGGAAGCUGGGGGGGACGAGCCCCCAGGUUCACAGGUCCCAUCUAUGCUCCUCAAUUAUCACGGCUCGGACUUGGACUGGAAGUACAAAACCGAACCGGAGGCAGUUGCUUGCUUGGGGAACCCCCAACAAAGGUGCGACUGGAUCAGAGGCAAGGUUCUUGGCGGUAGCAGCGUUCUAAACGGAAUGAUGUACAUACGGGGUCAUGCAAGGGACUACAACGCCUGGGCAGAAGCCGGCAACACUGGAUGGAGCUACCAAGAAGUUCUGCCCUAUUUCAUCAAAUCAGAGGACAACCGGCAGGUCGCAGAGAUGGACCGUGGAUUCCACGGGGUCGGAGGCCUCCUCAGCGUCGACCAGUUCCCUCACCGCCCACCGCUAGCAGAAGCUCUCCUUGAGGCGGGGCAGGAAUUGGGUUACCCUUCGGACGUUGACCUCAACGGCAGGAGCUAUACCGGCUUUGUCAUCGCUCAGACCACUUCAAGGAACGGGUCGCGGAUGAGCACUGCCAGGGCUUUCCUGCGUCCAGCCAGGGGUCGACCAAACCUCCACGUAAUUCUGAACGCAACGGUCACAAAAAUCCUCAUGAACCCUAGAACGAAAACUGCCGAAGGCGUAGAAUUCGUAAGGAACGGCAACAAGCAAACGGUCCGGGCCAGUAAGGAGGUGAUCCUGGCCGCAGGAGCCAUAAACUCGCCCCAGCUGCUACUGCUGUCAGGUAUCGGACCCAAGCAGGAUCUCAGCAGAGUCGGGGUUCCCCUAGUGCACGACCUCAGAGGCGUCGGUCAGAACCUGCACAAUCACGUGGCCGUGUUCAUCAACUUCGUACUGAAUGAGAAUGCCACAGUGGACCUUGACUGGGCAGCCGCCAUGGACUAUAUGCUGCACAGGAGGGGUCCACUCGCCAGCACGGGGUUGUCGCAGGUAACAGCUAAGCUGAAUUCUAAAUAUGCAGAUGCCUCUGGAGACAAUCCCGAUGUUCAGCUGUUCUUCGGUGGUUACCUUGCAAACUGCGCCAAAACCGGAGUAAUAGGCGAGCCUGAAGACCUUGAUAAUCCUGCAUACAAGCGGCGGAUAAGCGUGUCGCCAGUUGUCCUACAUCCAAAGAGUCGCGGCUACCUCACUUUAAAGACUUCAGAUCCGCUGGAUCCUCCACUCAUGUACGCCAAUUACUUCUCCGAUCCUGCUGACAUGGCAACAUUGCUUGAUGCCAUAAACAUGACCUUGAAGCUCGGAAAUACGCGAGUCCUGAAAGAACGCUUCGGGUUUGAACUUGAUAAGACUCCUAUACCAUCCUGCAUACAGAAAUAUCCUUUCGGUAGUGAUGGGUAUUGGGAGUGUUACGCUAGAACAGCUACAGGACCUGAGAAUCACCAAGUUGGAUCGUGUCGUAUGGGACCUUCAAGUGAUCCAAUGGCUGUCGUAGAUCCCGAACUCAGGGUAUAUGGCGUGAAGAACCUCAGAAUAAUGGACGCGUCCAUCAUACCAAUGGUUGUGUCGGGAAAUACAAAUGCUCCGGUCAUAAUGAUAGCUGAGAAAGGUUCAGAUUUGGUCAAGAGAAGUUGGCUGCCAAAUGACAUCGGUAACAGGUUUGGUUUUGGAAAUGAAGACCAGAAAGCCAACAGCAGUACUUUCGGACACACUGCAAAUAAGCCCAGUCAUCCUGGGGGGCACAAGAACGGUGUUUACCCAAAUUGGGGCGGGUUUGGUGCCAACCAUAGGCACGGAAGUUAUGGAACAAAUCAAGGACAUAUGAGUUCAGGUCAUGGAGGAAUUCAAGGAUAUGCGAGUGGGAGAGGCUACUAUUCAACACAAGGUUUCCCCAGUAUAGGGAAUUAUGAUUCAAGCCAGAUGCAUACAGACUACCAGCAACAAGCACACAGUAACACGGCGCAUUCUACCAACAGCGUCAAUGGCGACGCGAGGUAUCCGAAUGCCGGAAGAGACGGAUACAACACAAUGCCUUAUAAGAGGGACUACAGCACUGACUUGCCGCUUCGUACUUCCGAGAGAUGCAGACAUCAAUCAGGAGGAAAUUACAAUAAAAGUGGCUGUAAUUACAACAGUGGAGGGAAUGUGUUUGAUUUCAAAUAUAGUACAACACCUUCACCGCCGACACAGACUGGAAAUAAUUUGAAUGGAUACCACCAGAACUACUGGAACGUAAAGUGAUAUCAGUGAAUCAAGGACAUCGUUACGAAGACAGUGGCUUAAAAGACAAUGCCGAAUGUAUGAUAUAAACUGCAAUCAGUAUUGGAAUAAAUAGUUUAUUUCUAUAACAUUCUAA